GUCAUAAACGCAAACUACAAUCAGCUAGGUCUCCCUCUGCAGAAUUCCUCCUCCUUCUAUUACCGUCCAUUAAUGGCGCUUCAUCGAGCCCUAGCGAAGCGUCUGUUGAAUGGUCGCACCAUUACCUCCCUGGAGAUGGUUCCAGAUCACCACGCAACCAUAUCCCCUCCCUCGCUCCAAAACACACUCCCACCGAAUGCGGCCAAAACCAGCUGUCACCGUGAGUAUCUCACCUCGCCGGAUUCCGCCGACAGAGGUUUCUUCCGGAGGUUCCUCCACCGGAGAGCCAGCAAUCAACUCGGACUUGCGGAAGCUUUCUCACUCCCUGUCGGGGAGAAACUGAGAGAAAAACUCAGAGCUAUUAACAUUACCGGAGAUCGACUCUGGUUGGAAGGGCUGAUCUCUCCUCCGGCGGCAGAUCCGGUGGCUGGAGAUUGUUUGGGGAAAAUUUCCACAGAAGAUGCGAGGAAAUUGUUAAGAUUCUCUCUGACGGAGAAGCUGAAAGCGAAGCUGAGGGAGAUACCGAUGAGUUCGAUUUCUUACCCUGAUUUCGUUCGGAUCUGUAUCGAAGGAUGUGGAAACGAGGAGCAGGGAUUUGAAUUUGCCAAAAUGUUGGAUGAGUCUGGAAACGUCAUCGUUUUGGGCAGCAUAGUUUUUCUCCGGCCGGAGCAGGUGGCGAGAUCCGUUGAGACCAUAAUUUCCCAAACAAUAGCCUUCCCUAAUGACCCAAGAAGAAGAGAGUUGGAUGAACUGGAGCAGCAAAAGGCCAUGAUAGACAAGAAAGCCCAAGCCUUGGUCCGCCGAGAGCUAUACUGUGGACUGGGCUUCUUGGUGUUCCAAACGUUAGGAGCCAUGAGGCUCACGUUUUGGGAACUUACCUGGGAUGUGAUGGAACCAAUAUGCUUCUUCGUCACUUCCCUUCACUUCGCCCUUGGCUACACUUUCUUCCUCCGGACCUCCACUGAACCCUCCUUCGAAGGGUUCUUCCAACGCCGGUUUAAAGCCAAACAGGAAAAACUCAUGAAGAUCCAUAAUUUCGACGUGGAGAAAUAUAAUAAGCUCCGUCAAGCCUUUUGGGUUACAAAAGGCUAAGGAGUGUGGAGGAAACCUCGAACUUCCUGUUCGAUUUUGACUCUGGAAGACCAAGGUGUAGAAAGGAAAGAAAGUAGUCCGGCAGUUGUAUCAUCUCAAGUCCGCUAAUUAAAAAUGGACUGGCUCUCAGUUUUUAGGUCCAGGCCUCGGCUUUGGCGACCCUUGUCCAUGAUCUCGUAACGUAGUCCUUAUAGAGGUGAGAGGUUAUAGCGGUAUCCUGGAAAAUAAAUGUAAUUAUUUUUUUACUAUAAUUAAUUAUUAUAUUUUUU